AUGUCGCCGAAAUUAAAACCAAAAAAACUGAGUGCUGUACAAACACUGUCGUUGGAGGAACAGUUAAUCGGGGACAAAUGUCCAGCUUGCCACGAAUCGGAUAUUGCGGAUAACAUGAUGGUUCAAUGCGACCGGUGUGACCAAUGGUUUCACUUCACUUGUGCUGGAGUGGACGAAGGGAUAAAAGAUACCAGUUUUGUAUGCGUUAUCUGUGUUUAUCGCAGUACUCCAGCAAGCACACACUCAGGGAGAUCUGAAAAGUCGAGAAUCUCGAUGAGAAUCCAAAUCGACUUACAACGACUAGAAGAAGAGAAAGCAAUAAAACAGAAGUUACUUGAAGACAAAUCUGAGCUAAAUAAGGAAUUCGUCGGGAAGAAGUAUGAGCUACUGCAUGCGGAGUUAAUAGAUGUUGAAGACAACAUAAGUGAGAGGAGUCAUCGUAGCAACCGAAGUAUUACUAGCAAAGUCCAACAGUGGUUACAAACCCAGGAAAAGUCGACUAUGAGUACCGGCAUCGGUAAAGCAAAAAACCCAACUGGUCUCACAGCGAAUACGGGUACAAUACCCAAAAGGACCGCUGCAGUUAACAACGGUGUAAACACGAAGCCAUUCACUUCCAGUCCACACAACGCUCAAUCUAAUCAUGCUUCGGGGGAUGCAAACAAGCAAUACGGUACACUAAAUCAGCAAUUAGUACCCUACGGAAACCACAAGCAAUCGCUCUAUUCCAGUCCUCAGCAGCCAACUUCAGUGUCAAUGCUGACAAAUCAACAAAUUUCUCCCCUCACAGAGCAACAAAAAAAAUCGGCUGUGAGUAAAGAUGUCGUAAUCUCCCCCAACGAAAAAACUAUUGUUAAGCAGCUCGAGAAACAGGUACAAGAUCUGCAGCAACAAUUGAACCAGUUACAGUCACCCUCGCAAGUUCAGCCAAUUUUAUCUAGAACUGAAAGCAGACAUUUGGCACCGCCGCUCCCACAAGCGGGUAGCGUAAACAGUAAAUUUCCUUACGGCGCAGGGUACUUACAACCUCGCCCGCAUGUAGCCUUUCCAUCUCUAGGACCCAAUAUGUCAAUGGGAAACCCUGUAGGGAACUCUACACCAGUUACUAUUCCCCAGCGACAACAUUCCUUCGCACCAACGAACCAGGCAAACUCUAACACUUCACUGCUGGUGCACCCCGAUAAUAAGGGUUCAACGUUCUCCACUCUAACGAGCGUCCCGUGCUACACUGAAUCCAUUUCUUCGCCUUUGGCCUCACAUACACAUGCUAUAAGCCCAUCGGUACACAUAUGUGAACCAAACGCACAACAACUUGCUGCAAGACACGUCGUCCCAAAAGACCUCCCUAUUUUCUUCGGCGACCCGGUUGACUGGCCACUGUUUUACAGUAGCUACCUACACUCAACGCAAAUGUGCGGCUAUUCAGAAGCAGAAAAUCUUAUGAGACUUCAAAGAUGUUUGAAGGGUAACGCUUUAGAGGCGGUUCGCAGCUGUCUGCUUCACCCAUCGUUCGUCACGCAAAUCAUCACGACGCUCCAAACACUAUAUGGACGGCCAGAAUUGAUUGUAAAAUGUCUCCUUGACAAAGUCCGUUCUACUCCUCCACCAAGAGCCGAUAAAUUAGAAAGCCUCAUAAAUUUCGGUCUUGUAGUGCAAAAUCUAUGCGGUCACUUACGGUCGAUGGGGAUGGAUGCAUAUUUGUCGAACCCAAUUUUGUUGCAAGAGCUAGUGGAUAAGCUUCCCACCGUUAAUAAACUUAAUUGGGCAGUGCACCAACAACAAGUUCGAUCCGUGGACGUUGGCGUUUUCGGGGACUAUAUGGCAUCACUUGUAUCGGCGGUAUGCCAAAUAACACCCUAUAACGAGACGGUUUCGAAGCAAGAGAAACCCAAGAACAAAGAGAGGGGUUUCCUCAAUACUCAUUCAGCAGAAAACGAAUUGAGCAAGUGCGACUUCGAGCGAAAUGAGAGCAAUGCUGAAAAGUUUAUUGACUCUCCAAAGCCUUGUCCUGUUUGUAAGAAAGAUGGACACAAGGUAAAAGAUUGUAGGAAUUUCAAAGAGAGCAGCUUGGACAACCGGUGGAAGCUUGUAGAACAAUUGUAUCUUUGUCGUAGGUGCUUAGUAGCUCAUGGAAAAUGGCCUUGCAAAGCGCCAGUUUGUGGAAAGGAUGGGUGCGGUGUACGUCACAACAGUCUUUUGCAUCCCGGGAAACCUGAUAUGUCGGCUAUCAUUGGAGAACAUUCGAAAGGCCCUGAAACAGUGUCUGUUCAUCAUCAACUGCCUCGUUCAACUUUGUUUCGUGUAAUCCCAGUAACUUUAUAUGGGAAAAAGGGCAAGUUUGAAACUUUGGCUUUUCUAGAUGACGGAUCUUCCUUGACACUAGUAGAAAAGCAUAUAGCGAAUCAGUUGGGGAUUGAAGGCGAGGCAGAGCCACUCUGCUUGCAAUGGACGAGCAACGUAAAACGGAUGGAAAAAGAAUCCAAAUUGAUUAGUUUGGAAAUCUCUGCGUCCAAUGGCAACCAACGUCACGUGUUAAAUAAUGUACGGACAGUUGAGAGCCUUGAGUUACCCAGACAGUCGCUACAAUUUGAUGAGUUAGCAGGAAGAUUCCCAUAUAUCAGGGAUCUGCCUGUGCAGAGUUUUAAGGAGGGCGCUCCUGGUAUAUUGAUAGGGCUGGAUAACGCCAGGCUAAUUGUCACACUGAAAAAACGGGAAGGGCAUCUCAACGAGCCAGUUGCAGCCAAAACAAGACUGGGAUGGACCAUUUUCGGAUCUAUACAGGAUGUACGUGCACAAGAAACUCCACAAAACACUAAUCUUCACAUUUGCGCUCGGUCACGUGACCAAGAAUUGCAUGAUGCAGUGAACGAGUUUUUUAACGUAGAGAAUCUUGGUGUUACUGGCAUCCCAAUGAUUGAAGCAGAGGAUGAUCAACGAGCUCGGAAGAUUCUACAAGAGACAACUAAGCGCUUGGGUACCGGAAGGUUUGAAACGGGUUUACUAUGGAAAUGCGACUACAUUGAAUUUCCUCACAGUCGGUCAAUGGCAGAGCGACGUUUAAAAUGUUUGGAACGAAGGCUAGAAAGGCAACCAGAUCUAUACGCAAACGUCAAGCAGCAGAUCAACGAUUAUCGAAACAACGGUUAUGCACAUAUAGUGACAAAGGAAGAAUUGGCCAACUCUGACCCCAGGACAGUUUGGUAUCUUCCAUUAGGAAUCGUUUUGAACCCAAACAAACCAGGCAAAGUUCGAGUAGUGUGGGACGCAGCAGCAAAAGUUGAUGGCAUUUCACUUAACUCUAUGCUGUUGAAGGGGCCUGAUCUCCUCGCAUCGCUACCAACGGUUUUAUACGGUUUCCGACAACGUCAAAUUGCUAUAACUGGUGAUAUAAAGGAGAUGUUCCAUCAAAUAGUUAUUCGUCCUCAGGACCGACAAGCGCAACGAUUUUUGUGGCGGGAUGAUUCAACACAACCAAUACAGGAGUACGUGAUGGAUGUGGCAACCUUUGGUUCAACAUGCUCGCCAUGCUCCGCGCAUUAUGUCAAAAAUCGGAAUGCUGAAGAGUGGAAAGAUGUAUACCCGCAAGCUGCCAUGGCCAUAAUUGACAACCACUACGUGGACGACUAUUUGGACAGUGUAGAUACUGAAGAAGAAGCGAUUCGCUUGGCGUUAGAAGUGAAAACCGUACACGCGAAAGGUGGAUUCCAUAUUCGAAACUGGUUAUCUAAUUCGGAUGCGGUCAUUAAACAGAUCGGGGACUGCGGUUCGGAAGCGUCAAAAUGUUUUACUCUGGACAAAACGACGGGAGCUGAGAGAGUAUUGGGUAUGAUUUGGUUACCAAAUGAAGAUGUAUUCACGUUUGCUGUCAAGUUUCGAGACGAUAUCCAGCCAUUGUUGGACGACUCCAGGAAACCAACGAAGCGAGAAGUCUUACGUGUCAUAAUGAGCAUAUUCGAUCCUCUGGGUUUCGUCGCCCCCUUUGUAGUACAUGGCAAGUGUCUAAUUCAGGAUAUAUGGCGAUCGAAGGUAGGAUGGGAUGAAAAGGUUCCUGAUGAGAUUUUCUCGCGUUGGAAAAAAUGGGUUCAAGUACUUGGCAGACUUUGCGAGGUUAAGAUUCCUCGCUGCUACUUUCCAGGAUACAGUGCGGAUAGCUUAGACACGUUAGAACUCCACGUGUUCGUGGACGCAAGCGAAAGUGCAUAUGCUAGCGUAGCCUAUUUCCGUAUCGUUGAUUGCGGUCGAGUUCGUUGUGCUCUGGUGGCUUCUAAGACAAAGGUUGCUCCGCUGAAGCCAAUGACGAUUCCUCGUCUCGAAUUACAAGCAGCGGUUCUUGGGGCACGUAUGGCUAAAACUAUACAAGAUAGUCAUAAAAUUCCAAUUAGACUUCGAGUAAUGUGGAGCGAUUCGAGUACAGUGCUUUCGUGGAUUCGUUCUGAUACACGACGAUAUCCCAAAUUCGUAGCAUUCAGAGUCAGUGAGAUUCUUAACGUGACGAGCUUAGAUGAGUGGAGAUGGCUUCCAACACGUUUAAAUGUAGCGGAUGAGGCUACGAAAUGGGGUACUGGACCAAGUUUCCGUAAAGAAAAUCGUUGGUUCCGAGCCCCAGAAUUCUUGAACGGAUAUGAAGUAGAAUGGCCAGCAAAUAAUUUACCACCACCAGGCACGACUGAAGAACUGCGCCCUGUCGUUGUUCAUCAUAGGCAGGCAUUCGAACCACCAAUGGAUUAUAAACGAUUCUCUAAAUGGGAGAGACUACUUCGGUCAGCGGCCUUUGUUUACCGUUUCAUCGAAAACAGUAGGAAAAUGUCCCAGGGCAAAAACUCCAUCAACACGGGAAUUUUAUCCCAAGAAGAGCUGCAGAAAGCAGAAGCAUGUCUUUGGCGUUGGGUUCAAAUGGAAGCAUAUUCUGAAGAGCUAGCUGCAAUCGAAAGGAAUCAACAACAGAAUCCAGGUGGUAUUGUGAAACCAGGAUACGCCAGCAAAUUAGAUGGAGUUUCUGCAUUUGUGGAUCAGAAUGGAAUAUUAAGGAUGGAGGGGCGCAUAGGUGUCGCCACGUGCGCACCGUACUCUGCAAAGUUUCCUGCAUUUCUUCCUAAAAAACAUCCAGUCACUGAACUUCUCGUAGAUUUCUACCAUCGACGUUACGGACAUGGCAGUGGCGAGACGGUAGUAAACGAAAUUAAGCAGCACUUCAAAAUCGCACGCCUUAGGCCCGUUGUUCGGAAAAUAGCAAAGCAGUGUACAUGGUGUGCUGUCUAUAAAGCAACUCCAGCGGUUCCCAGAAUGGCGCCGCUACCGGAAUCCAGGGUAACACCUUAUGUUCGACCUUUCACCUUCACCGGUGUCGAUUAUUGUGGACCGUUUAUCAUUCGGAUUGGUCGAAGCAACGUAAAAAGGUGGGUGAUGCUCCUCACUUGCUUAACAGUACGAGCGGUGCAUUUAGAAAUCGCCUGCAGUUUAAGCACUGAGUCAUGCAAGAUGGCACUACGCAGAUUCAUAGCUCGCAGAGGAUCUCCGCAGCAGAUAUACAGCGAUCAGGGUACUAAUUUUCAAGGAGCUAGGAAAGAGCUAAAGGAAGAAUUAGCAAGCAUCAAUCGUGAUCUAGCCGGAACCUUUACGAACUGUACCACCCAAUGGUAUUUCAAUCCACCCGCAGCCCCUCACAUGGGUGGUGCGUGGGAACGCCUAGUUCGUUCGGUUAAAACUGCACUAUUCAAUCUUGCACCAGUCAGAAAGCCUGAUGAAGAGACCUUUGGAACACUUUUAGCAGAAGUCGAAGGAAUUGUCAACUCUCGACCAUUGACCUAUGUCCCACUAGAUGCUGCCGACAACGAGGCUCUUACUCCCAACCACUUCUUGAUGCUUAGUUCCAGCGGUGUAGUGCAACCACUUAAGGCGCCGAUGGACAGUAGUGCAAUCCUCAGAUCUAACUGGAAUCAAAUACAAGCUUUGCUCGAUCAAUUUUGGAACAGAUGGAUAAAGGAAUACCUGCCAAAUAUUAACCAACAUACAAAGUGGUUAACCGACACCAAACCACUUCAACCAGGAGAUUUAGUGAUAAUUGUGGACGAUAGAACUCGUAAUAGCUGGACACGCGGUAAAGUCGUCAAAGUGAUUCCAGGAAGGGAUGGCAGAGUACGUCGUGCAGAAGUAAUAACUUCCAGCGGAGUAGUCGAAAGGCCUGUUUCCAGACUGGCUGUACUCGAUGUGCUCAGAGGUAGUGUGGCAGAAGAAAGUAUCCUGCAACACGGGUCGGGGAAUGUUCGCGAUGAUUGCCACCUCUCGAGUAUACGUCUUGAUUACGGCCCAGCCAUAUCUUUGCCACUGGCCGCAGAACCGUCAAAUGGGGAAUGA